CUCACCUUGAGAGUUCCGGUGAGGUGUUUUUUCAUCAGACAACAAAAGGUCCCCAAACAAGGAAGUGUUUCACACUAGAAGUAGAACUAGAGCAUCAACAGUUAGAAGACCGCGUAAAAAAAGGGCAAUGCUGAAAGCCAACACCAGGCCAAUGGAUCUCCUAGGAGUUUGGGUGGUAAUUCUUCUCUUAAACGCUGUUUUCCCGACCUCCUACAGUGCAGUGUGCGAAUGGGAUUGGAAAAUUGACGCGGCGCAGGGUCUCGACCCCAGUUCCCUGGACGCCGGGGCACGUAAACUAUCGGUGCUCCGCGAAGUACAUGACAUGGAGCACUGCCAGAUGGCGUGCUGCGCCGAGACCGCCUGCCAGCUCGCUAUGAUUGGCACCCCGGCGGACGGAACCCCGGAGUGCCAGCUGGUCAGCUGCAUGCAGGACGGCCGGGACGUGUGUCUCCUCCAGCCCAGCACACAAUUCAAGGUCUACCGCAAGAAGACACAGGUGGUGACGGAGCCGCAGAACACCACCGAACCCGUUCCACUGUCACCCGACGCACGGGCUCUGAGCGAGGGGAAUUCCACCAACGCUGAUAAGGAUCAGUGCAGGAGGGGUAUGAAGGUGGGUUCCUGCAAGGCCGCCUUCCCACGGUUCUACUACGAUAUGGACACCCAGAGCUGUCGGAAAUUCAUCUACGGAGGCUGUGAGAGCAACGGAAACAACUUCGAGAGUGUGCAGGAGUGUGAGACUGCUUGUGAGGGGGUCGAAGUUCCUCCUACCUCCGAUGUCCCUCUACCAGAGAUUUCUGAAGACGAGUUUGCACGUAGCUACCAACGAGAGAGAGAGAGUCAAUCAGAGGGAUUGACGCUCAGAAAAAGAGAUCAGUGCAGGAGCCUUAUGAAGGUGGGUUCCUGCAAGGCCGCCUUCACACGGUUCUACUACGAUAUGGACACCCAGAGCUGUCGGAAAUUCAUCUACGGAGGCUGUGAGGGCAACGGAAACAACUUCGAGAGUGUGCAGGAGUGUGAGACUGCUUGUGAGGGGGUCAAAGGACCAAAUGAGAGACUCCGAUCCCGCCCUGCCAAUGGUUCAUAUCCAACAGGUCCUGAGGCUGAGACGCCCGUUCCUCCUUCCUCCGAUGUCCCUCUACCAGAGAUUUCUGAAGACGAGUUUGCACAUCGCUGUGGGGUGGCGCCAGCGGUGGGACCGUGCCGUGCGGCUCUGCCUAGAUUUUUCUACAACAGCGACACACACACCUGUCAAUCAUUCAUCUAUGGGGGAUGCAGGGGCAACAAGAACAACUACGGCAGCCAGGAGAAUUGCAUGGUCGCCUGCACAGUCACUGUGUUGCCGUCUCCCGAAAAAUCCAAAGGCAAAAUGAUUCCGAUGGAACACCAGGACAGCAAAGACCACUGCCUGGUGGGCCCUGAGCCGGGUCCGUGUCGCGCAGCCUUCCCUCGCUUCUUCUACCAGCCCAGCACCGGCUCGUGCCUCUCCUUCAUCUACGGAGGUUGCCGGGGCAACAAGAACCGCUACGAGACGCUGGAUGACUGCAUGUCCAAGUGUGACGGGCGAGGUCACACAGGUCAGGAUGCCCAGGGGAACGUUGGAGGAAGGGACCGCUCUCCAGCAUUCUUCCUCGUUGGUACCCUGGCGGUGAUCUCUGUUCUGGUUCUGACCAGUCUGAUCAUGAUCACCCUCCACCGCAACAAAGUCCUACGCCGCAGCACCACAAUCAGUGAUAAAGAGGAGCUGCUGCCCGAGCAGGGAGAGCACUCAUCCCUGGAGUCUCUGUCCGUCCCAGAGAGCCCCAGGGCGGGCAAGGUGUAAUGCCAGGGCCCGGCUUCACGCCCGGCCCUGAGCUCAGGUGGUCUCCUGGGCUCCUGUGAUAGAGCUUUUCUUCAUUUGUGUGAAACUGUCAACGUACUACUGCUACUUCCACUCGAACUACUACUACUCUGAAACAGGACGGAGCCACUUUCCACUGUUGUCAAUGUAAGCCUGAUGUGUAGCCUUCCUCUCGACCUGUCAUGGAGGCACUCGUUCUGCCAUAAAUGAGUUUGAACUCUAAGCCCACGUAUGUUUCUCAGGUACUAUUUAGAAAUGAAAGCUGUUAACGCGACCUUGGUAUGACCUCUAACCCUAGCUUGCUGGCAUGCCCGUGUAGAACGAGCCAGAGAUAAACUUCAAUUUAUUAUUCUGUGAAGCACAAUCAUUUUUCUGCAAACAAACGCUUAAGAAGGAACCUUUUUUAUUUUUUUAUCUAUUUCUUUUAUCGGUUAAUCAGCCCUAGGCGGCUACAGACCUGAAGGAUGUUGUGAAAUGCUCUUUUAAAACUGUUACUCAUUGCUUUUAAUAGAAUCUUAACCUGUGACAUAAUUUUUCCUCAAUGAACAAUCUGAAUGUAAAUGAUUUGUUAGUGUUGUGGACUGGACACCACUCUGAUUCAUAUAAACGAGAUUCUCAAUUUUUUUCACAUGUGCUUCAAACAGACAAAUCAUUAAAUGUUUGUGUCCCUUAUUAUCGUUGUGCUGACCUCUGUAUAUUCUCUUCAAUAAAAAUGGACCUCUCAAUCUCUGUGUCACCUGGGGGUUUCUUAGGUU